ACUUGGCCAACACCAAACACCGUGAACUUAUUUCAAGCUGCAAUUCUUCCUCUUUUCUCCUCCUGGUGGUCUGAUAAUCUUCUAGUUUAUUGCCUUUUCCUUUCUUUGCUGAUCGAAUCACUUACCCCGCUGUCUUCUCCGUGGGCUCUAACCCAUCCCCGCCUAUACUUCCUCAUUUAGUAGUUCCUAUUUCCUCCGUUCAUUGCUAUCAGCCCAUCAUGCCGGGAGAAAUCAUCGAUCGGCCCAAUCCCAAGCCCGAACCUUCGCACAUCCCCGAUCUCGUCGAACAGCUGCAGGUGCAACUCCAGUCGACCAGGCUCACGGAAUCAGAUUACGAUGCUCUCCUUAAGUACCGUCGCGCGGCGGCGUAUAUCGCUGCUGCGAUGAUUUUCCUUCAGGAUAAUGUGCUAAUGAAACGCGAACUCAAGCAUGAGGAUAUUAAGCCUCGAUUGCUAGGUCACUGGGGAACCUGUCCCGGAUUGAUCUUGGUCUACUCGCAUCUGAACUACCUGGUCCGCAAGCAGGAUCUGAACAUGCUCUACGUGGUUGGACCCGGACAUGGCGCCCCGGCCUUGCUGGCCUCCCUGUGGCUGGAGGGCUCGCUGGGCAAGUUCUACCCGGAAUACUCGCGAAACAUGGACGGACUCCGGCAACUCAUCUCGACGUUCAGUACGAGUGCUGGACUCCCAAGCCACAUCAACGCAGAAACUCCUGGUGCGAUUCACGAGGGUGGUGAACUGGGGUAUGCCCUGGCCGUUUCUUUCGGCGCGGUCAUGGAUAAUCCGGAACUGAUUGUCACUUGCGUGGUUGGAGACGGAGAGGCGGAAACUGGUCCGACUGCGACGUCGUGGCAUGCCAUCAAGUACAUCGACCCUGCUGAAUCGGGAGCCGUUUUGCCGAUUCUCCACGUCAACGGAUUCAAGAUUAGCGAGCGCACUAUUUUCGGGUGCAUGGACAACAAGGAGCUUAUAACGCUAUUCACGGGUUACGGCUAUCAGGUUCGCAUCGUUGAGGAUCUGGAAGACAUCGACACCGAUAUCCACAACUCCAUGGCGUGGGCUGUUGAUGAGAUUCACAAGAUCCAGAAGGCUGCGCGCUCGGGCAAGCCCAUCAUGAAGCCUCGUUGGCCAAUGCUUGUCCUGCGCACCCCCAAGGGCUGGUCGGGACCCAAGGAAAUUCAUGGAAAGUUUAUCGAAGGUUCAUUCCACUCGCACCAGGUGCCUCUUCCUAAUGCGAAAAAGGACGAGGAGGAGCUGGAAGCUCUUGAGAAGUGGCUCUCUGGCUAUGGCCCAGACGAGUUGUUCACCGAAGACGGCGAUAUCAUCGACGAGAUCAAGUCAGUCAUUCCUGCGGACGACGAGAAGAAGCUCGGACAGCGCGCAGAGUCCUACAAGGGCUAUAAGGCACCCAACCUCCCCGGCUGGAAGGAGUUCGGCGUGGAAAAGGGCUCCCAAGAAAGUGCCAUGAAGGCGGUCGGCAGACUAAUCGAUCAAGUUUUCACCAAGAACCCACACAGUGUCCGUCUGUUCUCGCCGGAUGAGUUGGAGAGUAACAAGCUUGACGCUGCUCUUUCGCACACCGGGAGAAACUUCCAGUGGGAUCAGUUCUCGAAUGCCAAAGGCGGCAGAGUCAUCGAGGUGCUGAGCGAACAUCUGUGCCAGGGCUUCAUGCAGGGGUACACCUUGACCGGCCGCACAGGGAUCUUCCCGUCCUACGAGAGUUUCCUGGGCAUCAUCCACACGAUGAUGGUCCAGUACGCCAAGUUCAACAAGAUGGCUCAAGAGACCUCUUGGCACAGCCCUGUGAGCAGUCUCAACUACAUCGAGACCAGCACUUGGGCCCGCCAGGAGCACAACGGGUUCUCCCACCAGAAUCCAUCGUUCAUCGGUGCAGUCCUCAAACUCAAGCCCACUGCCGCCCGCGUGUAUCUGCCGCCUGAUGCCAACACCUUCCUGUCCACGCUCCAUCACUGUCUCAAGUCCAAGAACUACAUCAACCUCAUGGUGGGCUCCAAGCAGCCGACUCCGGUGUAUCUCAGUCCCGAGGAAGCGGAGCGUCACUGUAGAGCUGGCGCGUCCAUUUGGAAAUUCUGCAGUACCGAUGAGGGUCUGGACCCUGACGUUGUGCUUGUGGGUAUCGGCGUCGAGGUGAUGUUCGAAGUCAUCGCUGCGGCGGCUAUCCUCCGCCAGCGCUGCCCUGAGCUCAGAGUUCGGGUUGUCAAUGUGACUGACCUGAUGAUCCUCGAAAAUCAAGGCCAGCACCCGCAUGCUCUGUCGACGGAAGCUUUUGACAGCCUGUUUGGAUCCGACCGACCCAUCCACAUCAACUAUCACGGCUACCCGACUGAGUUGAAGGGGCUGCUCUUCGGCCGGCCUCGCCUGGACCGGGUUACCAUCGAAGGCUACAUGGAAGAAGGCAGUACGACGACGCCGUUCGAUAUGAUGCUGUUGAACCGCGUGUCCCGUUACCACGUGGCGCAGGCUGCUGUUAUCGGGGCUGGCAGACGGAACGAGAGGGUGCAGCUGCGUCAGCAGGAGCUGUGCGCGGAGCUGGGCCACGAGAUUGCCGAGACGCGGAAGUAUAUCCUCGAGAACCGACAAGACCCCGAAGGUACCUAUGAUACGCCCUCAUUCGAGUAGAAGAUGGUGUAAAUGAAAUGAGUCAUGACACGUAACUAAGACGCUUCCAUAGUUAAUAGAGCUUUUUUCAUCUA